AAGGAACAGUCGACCCUCCUGGUGGCGCGACCUUGCAACGUGUGCGGUAACAUUUUACCGUAAAAAAUGGUCGUACAACAAUCGUCUUCCGAUUAGAGGCGGGUACCUCGCGAAGAACGAGAGAGGAGCUUGCGAAGUUUCGAGUCCGGUGAACGGUGACGGGGGUGCGGCCAGCCGUCGAUGCGACAGCGAGUGGCGAACGCGCAAAAUGGCGCCCACGCGUGUAAUUUUGAUGUCGUGCGGCAGUUACAAUCCACCGACCAACAUGCAUCUGCGGAUGUUCGAGAUUGCUCGGGAUCAUCUGCAUCGAAUGGGCACACAUGUUGUUGUUGGCGGAGUAAUUUCUCCGGUUCAUGAUGCAUAUGCCAAAAAAGAGCUUGCCAGCGCAACGCAUAGAUGUGCGAUGUUACGAUUGGCAUUGCAUAAUAAUGACUGGAUUCGGCUGAGCACAUGGGAGACCAGACAACAUUGCUGGACCAAAACUCGCCUGAGCUUGCAGCACCAUCAGAAUCUGCUCAACUCCUUUCUAUCUAAUUCCAAUGACAUCAAACAUCACUUGCAGAUAGAAGACAUGGAAUGGAUCCCAGAAAAUGUAAAAAACAAUUCAGACAAUACACCGAUACAAAUCAAAUUGCUAUGUGGUGCAGAUCUUCUGGAAAGCUUUGGCAUUUGUGGACUUUGGCUUGAAGAAGAUAUUGACGCAAUUGUCGGUGAGCACGGUCUUGUUGUCAUUACUAGAGAAGGUUCCAAUCCCAACAAAUUUAUUUACGAUUCGGACAUUUUGUCCAAGCAUAUGCACAAUAUCUGUAUCGUAACCGAAUGGAUUCCGAAUGAAGUGAGUUCAACGAGAAUCAGACGAGCUCUGAAACGCAGCGAGAGCGUUAGGUACUUGUUGCAGGAUUCCGUCAUCGAUUAUAUCUACAAACACGAGAUCUACGACACAAGACCAUUAGACACAACAAUUAAGUUGGAAUUGUCGUCGCCGAACGCGAACAAUUACCUGCACAUAGAUUCCCGAUAUCUAAGCGCAUUCUUAACGCCAUCGCCCAGCGAUGUGACCAUGGACUCACCGAGCCCGAUCGAGAUUGCCGCGUCCAUCGAUGUGCCGGACGCGGUUGUGCUGCGUAGGAAUAUGCAGAAUGCGGUUGGUGACGUACUCGAUGUGGCUCGCGAGCAGUUCAUUAGUAGCGCGAUCGGCAAUAACGUUGACAACGGUAAUGUCAAGCACGUAGUUAAAGCCGCGUACCCUGGCCAGGCGAAACAGAUCAUCGCCAGCGGAACCGGCAUUGCGCGAAUUGUGGACGAGGAUUCAACAAACCCUGCAUGCCUACUGUAAGACAGAUAGUUGACUGUCUUAUUGCUACUCGACCAAUCCGAGCCUGUGGUACCCGGCUUCUUCUUUCUGCUGUAAAUACUAAUCGCGAUAUUGACGAU